UUAAUUAUGCAAAUAGGGGAAGAUCCGUAUGUGUGCUAACUACGCUCAUGCUCACACAAGACAUAAUAUCAACUGUUCUCUACCACUAGCCCGCGUAAAGGGGACAGCAAAGGUAUAAUAGCUGUGACUAGGAUAACAAAAGGCAGAUAAUAAAAUUAUUGCCACCUGCAAAGAGAUCAGUUCAAGGAGAUCGACUGGGGAAGCUGUUCUACUGAUUUUGAAAGCUGCUAAAAGCCAAAAAAAUUUGAACAAAGGGAUCGGUGAAUMAGUCACUCAAACAUUACGCCAUUUUCUGAAGAUGACUGACAAGCAAGAAAGCAUCACCUCCACCAAGAUAGUAAAACACAAAGUUGGUGGAUUAGGCUUUCUAGUCAAGGAGCGAUCAGCAAAACCAUGUGUUACAAUCUCUAGCAUUGUGAAGGGAAGCACUGCRGAAGCUAACGGAAUGCUYCAUGAAGGUGAUGUCAUUCUCGAGAUCAACGGGAAGUCACUUAAAGACACGGAGUUCACCAAGGCAUUGAAAAUAUUGAAUGAUGUCGCUAUUGGCUCGACCGUGGCGUUAAAACUUCAAGCAGAAUUGGAGAAAAGAGCACAGGAAAAGCAGGCAACUGGGAAUUCACAAGUGAACAAGAAUGGCACUAAGUCGCCGACCAAAACACCAAAAAAGAAGGAUGUUAGUGUAGUAAGCGAGAAAGAGAAUAAAGAAGAGCCUGUGAACGGCGAACUUGUUGUUGUAAAACCAACUGCUAAUGGUGAUAAGCAGACAAAUGAUAACACUGAAAAUCAAGUGAAUGAUGCCCAAAUGAAGAAAGAGGCAGAGCAGCAAAUUGCUGUAGUGAAAAAGUGUCCCUUCUCUGGUACAGAGGUUGGUGCCAAGCCCCUAAAACCCGUCAAAUUGAAAAACUGGGAGACUGGGAAAGAAAGUUUGGAUACACUGCACCAGAAAGUUUUUAUUGUAAGUACUAGACAUUUAUUUAAAGAAAACAAACAAACAAACAACAACAACAAAACGCACUCUCGGGAUCCUUGUAGGGAUUUUGGAGACAUGCACAAUAGCUACCCCAUUUUUUCAGCUGGUAGUCCUGCACAUAAAAAACGCUUGACCGAGGUACUCCAGACAAUCGAAGAGACUGGAACCUACGACCUGACAGAGAAAGAACUUCUAUUUGGUGCUCGAAUGGCUUGGAGAAAUGCCCCAAGGUGCAUCGGGAGGAUACARUGGAACAGAUUGCAGUUAUUCGAUGCGCGAGAUGUGUUUACUAAUCGAGGAAUGUUCGAUGCCAUCAUCAAGCAUAUUAUAUAUGGUACCAAUAAGGGCAAUAUCAGAUCAACAAUCACAGUAUUUCCCCAGCGCAGGGAACCCAAGAAAGACUUCCGAGUAUGGAACACUCAGCUUAUUACUUACGCUGGCUACAAACAACCCGACGGCUCGAUCAUAGGAGACCCUGCWAACACAGAACUUACUGAAAUCUGCAUCAAUCUCGGAUGGGAAGCUAAGGGAGGUUCCUUUGACGUGUUACCAUUGGUUUUACAAGCUGGCGGUGAAGAACCAGAAAUCUUCGAAAUYCCACCUGAACUUGUUCUUGAAGCAAAAAUAAAGCAUCCAAGAUACCCGUGGUUCGAGGAGAUGGGUUUAAAAUGGUAUGCUUUACCUGCCGUGUCGUGUCUUUGUCUUGAUGUCGGUGGAAUAGAGUUUCCCGGAUGUCCUUUUAAUGGAUGGUAYAUGGUAACAGAGAUAGCUGCUCGUGACCUUGGAGACCCAGCACGUUAUAACAUGCUAGAGCCUAUUGCAAAGAAGAUGGGACUUGAUACAAGAAGUAAUAGUUCACUGUGGAGAGACUCGACUUGUGUGGAGUUGAAUUUGGCUGUUCUUUCAAGCUUCCAGGAAGCUGGCAUCACUAUCAUCGAUCAUCAUUCAGCUGCGGAAUCAUUCAUGAAGCACUUUGAAAACGAGACUAAGCUUCGAGGCGGUUGUCCUGGAGACUGGGUGUGGAUAGUUCCUCCUAUUUCAGGAUCAGCCACCCCCGUCUUCCAUCAGGAAAUGCUCAACUAUAACCUCAAGCCCAGUUACGAAUAUCAGGAUGACCCGUGGAAGCAUCAUUCGAUCCGUAAGAAAGACAAACUACCAAGAAAGAAAAUAUUGUUCAAAGAGGUCGCAAAGGCUGUCAAGUUUUCAGCCAAGUUAAUGGGCAAGGCAAUGGCCAAAAGAACCAAAGCCAUCAUAUUGUACGCGACAGAGACAGGCAAAUCAGAAAGCUAUGCUAAGAUGCUCAGUGAGAUGUUCCUACACGCAUUUGAUCCCAAGGUAAUAUGCAUGGACGAGUAUCCUCACCCUGAACUAGAAAACGAACAGCUUGUCUUGAUUGURACAAGUACAUUUGGAAAUGGUGACCCUCCUGAGAACGGCGAGUCUUUUGCUCGAUAUCUGUACGAAUUAAGGCAUCCAACGAACGAGAAAGACCAGAGUAACARGAUGGCUGUCAUAAGCAGUCUACUUCAGCAGAAAGAAAAAGAAAAAGGUUUGAAAAUGAAGGAUGACGAGCAGCCUUUGGGAAGUUUACGGUACGAUGCUUGUUCAAAUCUUUCGGUAUCACACAACAAGUCUAUCGUCCCAGCCAAGGUUAUCUCAGUAAAAAAUCUUCAGUCAUCUGAUUCGAGUCGUGCAACUCUAUUAGUCCGCCUAGACACCAGCGACAAUGAGGACUUCGCAUACAAACCUGGCGAUCAUUUGUCGAUCUUUGCGGCAAAUAGAAAGGAAUUGGUUCAGUCUUUAUUGGACAAUCUCAGUGAAUCACCUGAUCCUGAUCAGCCAAUCAUCGUCGAGGCCAGCCGAGAAUUGUCAGGUCCCUUUGGAAUGACUAAGAAAUGGGAGAAACUUCAACGAUUCCCAGUUCCUAUAACACUAAGAGAGGCAUUCAGUCGCCAUAUUGAUAUUACUGGUACACCCUCUCCACAGAUCCUCAACUACCUUGCGACACAGGCUACCGACCCUGAGGAAAAAGCAUUUUUAGAAGAACUAGGGAAGGGUGGAAGUGGGUACGAGAAUUGGAGAUAUGACAAGCAGUCUAACAUUGCCGAAGUAUUGGAGGACUUCACGUCCCUUAAAGUCAACGCUGCUCUUCUAUUGACUCAACUUCCCCUCCUUCAACCUAGGUUUUAUUCCAUUUCUUCGUCCCAAGACCUGUAUCCUGGCGAAAUUCAUGUGACAGUUGCUGUCGUUAAGUUCACAAAACGAGAAGGCCAAGGUCCCGUCYAUCAUGGCGUGUGUUCAACAUGGCUGGAAAGUUUGGCYCCAGGUGACAUUGUUCCUUGCUUUGUCAGGCAUGCACCAUCAUUUCAUCUUCCCGAGGACAGCUCSGUCCCAAUCAUCAUGGUUGGACCUGGGACUGGUAUCGCACCUUUCAGAAGUUUCUGGCAGCAGAGGCAGUAUUGUGUUGCUAAGAAACAGCCACCGCAAGGAAACUGGGGUGACAUGCAUUUAUAUUUUGGGUGUCGUAGUUCUAAACAUGAUGAUAUAUACCAUGACGAAACCGCUCAAGCUGUGCAAGAAAACGCACUGACUAGAGUUCGCACUGCACUGUCGAGAGAGCCUGGKCAACCUAAGUGCUACGUACAAGACGUUCUAAGASAAGACGCAAUCGACAUCGUAGACAUACUAAUCGCUAAUCAAGGACACUUUUACACGUGUGGUGACGUCUCCAUGGCAGCAGAUGUWUGCAGAACGUUACAGACAUUGCUUGAGUCGUACGCUGCGAUGUCACAAACAGAAGCACAAGACUUUAUAGACAAACUCAAGAGUUCUGGYAGAUACCACGAGGACAUCUUUGGAGUAACACUGAGAACGCGUGAAGUGACCGACCGGGUCAGACACGCAGCGAGAAAGGCGUGGGCUUACAUUGCUACUUCUAAGUCUGUUAAGAAAGUUAGCUGGGUAGCUGAAGGAACAGAUAGUCAAGAUGGCCGUAAAAAGCAACACAAGAAAUUCCCGUUGGAUCGUGGUCCAACCGUAACGGUCUUAAUGCGAACAGAUUCCGAGGUUCAAGAAGAAAUCGUCACGAACGAGAUAAAAAACAGACGACGGUCGUCUCUUCCGGAUGCUACACGCGAUUGACAGCAAAACACACUGGCAAGUUCAAGAUGAACUUCUUGUCCAGGCAAACCAUUCCUAGUAAAUGACAUUCCAGGGACUUGAAAUGACAUUAGUUAAUAAUAUCAAAAUAAUAUAAAGAUAUUUCAAUGAUUAAAAUGGCAAGUUCGGCCACCAACCCUUUGCGAUAUAUCAACAAAAAAAUAUUUAAUUGCGAAAACAAUAUCUGAAGAAUUCCAGAGAAAUAUUGUGUCUGAGCUAAAAAAAUUCAUCUCGACUUGCAAUGCGUUUUCGCAGCAUUCGUUUUCUUUCUUGUCUUUGUAUUUUGAUCGGGAAUUCUAGGAUGAUUGACUGAAAUGAAAAAAUGUCUCGAAAACGCAGAAUAGAUCGAUCGAUAGCAUGUUGUAACGUUGAACCGAAAACUACUAAACAAUGAUAGCCAAUUAAAYAAAAGCGUAGAGGUCACUAAUAAAUGACUUUAUUAAAUACAGGACUUUAUUCAAGUCCAUCAAAUUAUCUCAUCUUUUUCAAAUGUAUUGCCUAUAAUAUAUGAGAAAAUCGCCGUGUGUUAGUUGUAGCUUUUUCAAAUGUGUAGCCCUAAGAUUGUAAUGCUAAACUUAUCAAGCUUUGAAUUAGUUCGAAACAAAAUUUGGUACGUUUAACGACGUAGCUAUGACAACGCAAACAUCAAAAUAGCGUACAUUGUAUUUUCGUUAUUUGCAAUAUACAAAUAUUGYUUACAAAUGGAAUUUCUUGAAUGAUAAUUCCUGAUAAUUCAUAUAUCCUAUGACGAAGAUACUAUCAAUGAAUAUUAUAGAAAAUUCAUUAUAAAUGACCAUGCAGUGCAUGAUCUGCUCAAUAACAUAUUUACARCAAUUGUAAUACUAAGAGCAAAAUAACUGCCCUAGGAAAUAAUAUACUAUAAUAAACAGCUAAAAAAUUGAUGAUUGUACGUUUCAAAUCUUCCUCAAACAAUAAAUAUGAAUAAAGAUAUCAUGAGCUCUUAUUACA